AUGUAUUCAUGUCAUCUAGAAAUGGCUGAGGAUCUAGGAAGGAAGAUCAUAUUUGAUAAUAUUGAUCUUUAUGCGCAAAGACAUGAGAUGACUGAAGAGAACCAGAAUAAAGACCUUCAUUGGGUCACUGUGAUUUCAACAGAAAAUCGUAUAUCUGGAGUUAAGUUCAACUCUGCUGAAAAACCUGCCAAAUGCUCCUUGGCUGACAUGGAUAAUGCUGUAUGUCUCCCUGACAAAUCUGAUCACAGGAAGCAACAUAAUGAUUACAUAGUUCUGGUGUCAAGGUUGAUCACAUCACAUAUAGAUUGCCUGAAGUUUCUGCAAGAAGUUGUCGAGAAGCAUAUCACACACGAACACAGCAGGGAAGCCAGCAAACCAACAGAAACAACUUUCCUUGGGAUAAUUUAUGAAAAUGAUGCUGAUGGUAUAUGCAAGGUCUUGACAGAGCUGCAUAAGUAUGUACCCAAAGCAGAUGUCGGGUCUUGUUCAGAAGCGUUUUAUGCAGAGCAAGGGUUCACUGCUGAUCAGUUAAGUGUUGAAAGGGGAGUUAAUUGUUUGAAACAGGUGAAAAAUGGAUUCACGCCAGAAGAGCGUCUUGAUGGAAUCCACUUUGAGAUUGCAGACUUUCAUGCACAAAUGAAAUUUCUUCAGCUUGGAUUUGAUCAUUUCUACAACCCAAAAGUGAGCAGUGAUAAAUGCACCAUGUUUGCAGAUAGGGCACUGAUCAACAGAAGGAAUGUAUCAACCGAUGUAAGAAAGAAAUAUAAUGCUUGCAAACAGUUUUUUUUUCCAGAGGUGGAAGCAAGAAUUUUGGCAGCAGCAAUGCAAGUUUUAAAAAUAAAAUCUUUCAGAGACAUUCAACUUUUGAUAUAUUGCCUGCUGACUUGA